GUUCAGAAUCCCUCUUAGGACCAAGAAUUUAGCUGCCGCUGGUGCCUGAUUAAAAAUGAAAUCAAGCGACAAUAAGGACUGCUAUGCAUUUUCAACUCACUGAGGCUUUUGGAGAAAGGUAUUUUGGCUCAGGACUCGAUGAGGACACUGGCAUUUGGAAUGCACUUUAAAUAAAGAAGCCAACUGAGGACCUGUAAGGAGUUUGUUUCUCACACUACACACUAUUACAUCCUUAACCUAUCAUGCAAUUGUGCUUUCACUUCUUUGUCUGUUCUGGUUUAAUCCAGUUUGUCCUCUUCUCUCAAGUCACCUUUUCCAUAAAUAUUCGGUUUAUUGACGGACAAUCUACCACAUGGAUUAGUCUUCAUUCUGCAACAAAAAAGCCACCAUUUUGGGCAUUUUGAACCCGGGACUGAACCUUUGGAAAGCUUCCUGGCCAUUUCACUAAGAUACUUUUAUCUCAGGUGGAAAGGUCAGCAAGAAGAGUAAACAGGUAGAGGUAUAAGAAAGCAAGUGGCCAGUAAACCCAGCUCUCAAACAGAAGGCUGCACAGAGAGGAGAGAAACAGACAAGAGGUCUGACCCAAGGACAUUGGAGCCAUCAAGAAACACAGAUUUAUUUGGGUUUAGCAGCUUCCUAUUUUAUCAUGUUACUCCGGAUUGCUGUGUGCGGAUUCUUCUUCUUCUGUGUACUAUCACUGGGAAUGGAGCAAGCAGAAGCUGGUUCAAGUUUUCUGAGCCCUUCAACUUACACACCUCAGGGCAAACCUGCAAAAAAGCCAAUCAAUAACAAGUUUAACCGUCGAGACUUGGAAAGCCCUCUGCAGAUUUUGGAGAGCCACUUCCAAGAGGAGACUGCCAAUAAGGAGUUUACGUUCAAUACACCUUUUGAAAUUGGAAUCACAAUGUCAGAAAGCCAGUACCUGGAAUAUGGACACCUUCUGCAGAAACUGCUGGUUGACGUUUUUGGGGACAACACAAUAGAUCAAUAAAUAUGAAAAACACAACCCAGAAAGAAGAUACAACGGAAUGUUAGUUACUAAUGUAUUCAUAGCACCAGCAGUGUAAAAAUUUCAAUAAAACAUUUUGCCUGUAAAUAAAA